AUGUGCAGGUUCGUCGCGCCUCUAUUGAAGGACGGUGCAAAACCAUCAUCGGCUGCCCUGACGAAACAUCUGCUGAGCACCCUGACGGACAGCAACAACCCAAUUACUCACUCGGACAUCUAUGAACGCUCAGAUCAUAUUUCGUCCGCAGCAUCUGGUCAUCAGCGCUCUGAACGUCGUAUGAAUCAAAAAACCUACUGGGACUCGAGGAAGGAGAAGCUUGCUCAGCAAUUACCGGAGAAGCCCAUGGCACGCGAAUGCAACGUCUUGCGCAAUGUCCGUGUUUACAUCGACGGGUACUUGGCUGGCACAACGGACAUCGAGAUGAAGCGCAUAGUUACCUUGGCCGGUGGACGAGUUCUGUAUACCGCAUCAGGGGCCACGCACAUCCUCACCUCGCAGCAGUUGAGCGGGUCUAAGACGCAUAAGCUGUUGACAACUCGUAAAAGAGUGAAGGCACAUGUAGUAAAGCCGGAGUGGAUAACGGACAGCAUCCAGGCUGGGAGGCGACUACCAGAACGCGAAUACUCUGCGAUCAAAGAUAUGACCUGCAAGAACCUCUUUGAUAUGUUUCAGGCACAAGGGUCGACGCAAACAAUUGACGGUCCAAAAGAGUGUUGA